AUGGACUCCCAAAGCAUGCGCCGACCAUGCCGCAGAGACUCGGACCCACCGCCGUCUUUGCUCCUCCAGCUCGACCCUUCGCCUAUAGACUCCCCCUCCUCGGCCGCCGACGAGAAGACCAUGGUAUUUGCCUCUGACGAGGCCGACUCGGGGACCGACGCCGGCCCCAGGGCUCCAGGCACCGCCGGCGCGCCCGGACUUCACGGCGGGCGACGCGCCGUGUUUUACCUAAGCCGGCUGCAGAGGUACUCGUCGUACGCCAUGGGCGUCUUCACCACCCUCCACCUGGCCAGCGUAUCGCUCAUCCCCCUGGUGACGCGCUCCGUCCCCGGGUCGGAGACGUACCUCCUCAUGACGCGCGAAAUCUACCAGACCACCCCCGUCGCGGAAGGCCUCCUCGUGGCGCUGCCCGUCGCGGCCCACGUGGCGUCAGGCGUGGCCCUCCGCCUCCUCCGGCGCUGGCAGAACAUGCGGCGCUACGGCGGCGGCGCGCCCGGCGCGCACGCCCUCGGCCGGCUGCGCGACGCGCUCUCCGGGACGCCGGCGGCCUCGGUCCGGCUGUGGCCCCGGAUGAGCUACGUAUCGCUCUCGGGGUACGCCCUCACCCUGUUCUACGGGGCGCACGUGCUGGUCAACCGCGUGCUGCCGCUGCUGGUGGAAGGGGGCAGCUCCGACAUUGGGCUGGGGUUCGUCGCGCACGGCUUCGCUCGCCGUCCGGUGCUGGCGUGCGUGGCCUACGGGGGCCUGCUGGCCGCUGCGAGCGGGCACAUGGUCUGGGGGAUGGCCAAGUGGUCGGGCGUGGCGCCCGGCACCCCCGAGGGCUGGCGGGCAAAGGACGGCGCGGCGGCGGAUGGGAAGGCCAGGCGGCUGAGGCGGAGGAAGUGGCUGGGCGUGCAGGCGGUCGCGGCGGGGGUUGCGAUGCUGUGGGCGGCGGGCGGGCUGGGGGUUGUCGCGCGAGGCGGGUUGGCGAAUGGGUGGGUUAGGAAAGUGUACGACGAGCUGCUGGGGAGGGUUGGAAUGUGA